AUGCUUCACUUGCUUGGUGUAAAUCUCCCUGAUCGUAAAUUGGUCAGCACGGCCCUUCAGUACUUUUAUGGCAUUGGUGAGCCCACAGCUUUCAAGUUGUGUCAAGAGCUCAAGUUCCCCCAGGGCGUUCGAGUAUCCGAGUUGAACGAAGUCCAGAUCAACGAUCUCACCAACAAGCUUGCUUCCAUGACAAUUGAAACUGAUCUCAAGCGCCAAGUUCGUGAGCAUGUUAUGCACCACCGUAAUAUCGGCAACUACAUUGGCAGACGACACGCUAUGAGCUUGCCUGUUCGAGGACAACAUACGCGAAACAAUGCAAAGACAGCCAAGCGAUUGAAUGGUCGAUGGGUGCAACGACGAGGUUACAGCGUAUGGUCUGAAGCUCAAGCAAGCCCUUUGCAACGCUUUUUCAACAACUUUGGCUCGUUCUAG